AUGAAUCAAGAUUUGUUUGAUCCUUUAUCUGAUACGGUGGUUCAAGAUAUAAAUAAUGUUGUUGUUAAUAAUGAAUACGAAGAUGUUCAAGAUGAUAAUGAUUUCGACAAUUGUCAAAUUGAUAAUGUUAUUAAUGAUGAAUCAAUUGAUAUUGAAAUGAAUAUGAAUGUGAAGAUAGCAACAUUUAUUUGCAGUUCUCAGUUGGAUAAAUCAAACGCUAAUCAAUUGAUAAAGUUAUUAAAUCACGUACAUGAUCAAGAAACACCACCACCAUUGUCUUUAGUUUCAUUAUGGAACCAGUUGAAAGUUAAAUUUAACUAUACAACAAAAAAAUAUUGUUCAAAUUGUAUGUUAGAACUCAUUAAAUGUACAUGUAAUAAUACAAAUUGCGUGCUUAAUUCAGAAUUGAUUAUUUUCUCCAUUACUGAAGAAAUCACUCGAGUGGUGUUGGCAACCAUCGUUGAAAUUCCUAGACCAUUUCGAGAAGAUGAAACUAACUUGAUUUUAUUAUGUUUAUGGCACUCCCCUAGUGGGCCAUCAGCUAAUCAAUUAUUUGGUGAAAUAACAGAAGAACUUCGUCGUCUUGUUACACAUGGUAUUGAUAUUACAUUUGAUCAUUCAGGUACGAAAUUCGGGCAUACAACAGCUUUGCUCAAAGAAUGGAAUGAACUUCACAGUGGUACAAGUGCUCAAACAUGUCAGAUAAUAAAUGCAUUUGAUGAAUUUUUAUCACAUAUAAAUUAUCCGCAUUCCAUCCAUCGCCGAGUAAAAUGUUUUCGCAAAUUCAAUGAUUGGAAGGCUAGUGAAUUGCGUUUAUUUUUGCUUUACUUAGCCUUACCAUUUUUAUUAUAUUUUUCUUCUUAUUUUCCUCCACUAUUUGUGUAUCAUUUUUCAUUGUAUGCUAUUUAUGUUCGUACAUUAUGCAAAUUCGAUGAACGGCAACAUGUUUAUGAUGUACGUCGAUUUAUAGAAAGUCAUCUUCAAAGAUUUUCUGAAUUUUAUAAGUCGAAAGAACUUUUAUCUACACAUUACAACGUACAUCUUUGGCAACAAGUCAUUCGCCAUGGCUCGUUAAGUUCAACUAGUAAAAUGUCAAUACCAACUUACAGAAGCAGUGCUUCUCCAAGUAUUACUACAGCAACACCUUUUUCACAACAGUCAAAAUCAUCACAAUAUCAACAUUCAUCUCAACAUCAACAUUCAUCUCAACAUCAAUAUUCAUCUCAACAACACCAUUCAUCACAAAACCAGCAUGCAUCUCAACAUCGAAAUGUGUAUUUACAUUCAUCAACAAAUCAACAACGUAUGAUUACUUCUCAUAAUCAAAACCGAUCAUCACCAUAUACUAUUCAUUCACCACGUACUAUUCGUCGUCAAAUUAAUGUAGCAUCGGCUGAUGUUGAUACACAAUCGAAUGUUAUUGAAAAUGAGAAUAUUGAACCUGAUCAAUUUAUUAUGAUCCAUAAAAGUGUACUGGAUAGUCUUGUUGAAAAACAGACGACGUUAGAAAAUAGCAUGAAAAAUUUAGACAGGAAAACGGAUGAAAUUUUGAAAUAUGCUCGUCGAUCUGCCAGGAAAGAUCAGGAAAUUACAACAACAAAACCAAAAUCGACACUUGCUCCAAUUCUAUGGAAAAACGAAAAUUUAUUGACAAAACCUCGAACUGCUUUACCUACUACAUACUUGUGCCACGUGAAGCAGCAUCCAACAAUAGCAAUACGUCAAACAACACCAAUGCAUCAAACAACAACAAUUCAUCAAACAACAACAAUUCAUCAAGCAACAACUAUGUAUUAA